AUGGACUCGCUGGCCGGGCUGCUGCCCCCGCUCCUGCUUCUCUGCGCGCAGCAGCACCGCGGCACCAGAGCAAUGAACGAUAUUGGGGACUAUGUCGGCUCCAACCUGGAGAUAUCCUGGCUUCCCAACCUGGAUGGCUUGAUGGAGGGCUAUGCUCGCAACUUCCGGCCUGGCAUUGGAGGGCCCCCGGUGAACGUGGCCCUUGCCAUCGAGGUAGCCAGCAUCGACCACAUCUCAGAGGUGAACAUGGAAUACACCAUGACCGUGUUCCUGCACCAGAGCUGGACGGACAGCAGGCUGGCCUACAACCACACCAAUGAGACUCUGGGCCUGGACAGCCGCUUCGUGGACAAGCUGUGGCUCCCGGACACCUUCAUUGUGAACGCCAAGUCCGCCUGGUUCCACGACGUGACUGUGGAGAACAAGCUCAUCCGGCUACAGCCCGACGGGGUGAUCCUGUACAGCAUCCGAAUCACCUCCACGGUGGCCUGCGACAUGGACCUGGCCAAGUACCCCAUGGACGAGCAGGAGUGUAUGCUGCACCUGGAGAGCUAUGGCUACUCAUCUGAGGACAUCGUUUACUACUGGUCUGAGAACCAGGAGCAGAUCCACGGGCUGAACAAGCUGCAGCUGGCUCAGUUCACCAUCACCAGCUACCACUUCGCCACAGAGCUGAUGAACUUCAAAUCUGCCGGUCAGUUCCCUCGGCUCAGCCUGCAUUUCCACCUGCGGAGGAACCGGGGCGUCUACAUCAUCCAGUCCUACAUGCCCUCCAUCCUCCUGGUCGCCAUGUCCUGGGUCUCCUUCUGGAUCAGCCAGGCAGCAGUGCCGGCCAGGGUGUCUCUAGGUAUUACCACGGUGCUGACCAUGACCACACUGAUGGUCAGCGCCCGCUCGUCGCUCCCACGGGCCUCGGCCAUCAAGGCACUGGAUGUGUACUUCUGGAUCUGCUACGUCUUUGUGUUUGCCGCGUUGGUGGAGUAUGCCUUCGCCCACUUCAAUGCUGACUACCGGAAGAAGCAGAAGGCCAAGGUCAAGGUCAAGGAGCAGAAAGCAGAGAUGGAUGUGAAGAACGCAAUCGUGCUCUUCUCCCUGUCGGCUGCUGGUGCCACCCAGGAGCUGGCCGUGUCCCGCCGGCACUGCCGCAGGCCUGGGAACCUCAUGGGCUCCUAUAGGUGUGUGGACAUGGAGAUGGGAGAGGCCAGGAAGCAGGGGGGGGCCCGCGCGGGGGGCCAAGGAGGCCUCCGUGCGCUUUUCAAGCCCAUUGACGCAGACACUGUCGACAUGUACGCCCGCGUGGUGUUCCCUGCAGCCUUCGUGGCCGUCAACGUCCUCUACUGGGCGGCCUACGCCAUGUGA